GUCUUAUCAAUUUAUAACGCAUUACCGAAUCGUUUGUUGCUUGCAAAUGGAAAAAGUAGAAAGUGCAUACAAGGACAAUGAUAAAAAUAACUAACUGUAUUGCCUGCAUAGCGUGAAUACACUGAGCGAUGUAUUCAACUGAUUCAACAAUUUCCUCACGUGACGAAAGGAGACGCAUUUGUUUGACGGCUUUUUAUACGAGUGUAUCGAAGAGAAAAACUUUCAUAUGAUUUUCUUGUAAAUAACGUGAUAUCGCUUAUCGAAUUAGUAAUAUUAAUCAGAUAUAUCUAUUGACAAACACUAUUUAUAAAUAAGACAACAUGGCUGGACAACAACAUCCUUUUCUAUCUGGGUUUCCCAAUGUGCAGCAGUCAGCUAUGCGCACACAGUUUGGCGGUGGACAAAUGGUUUCUGGUUUGAUGGGACCACAGCAAGGGAAUAUGGUCAGCUCUCAACAAUUUGGCAUGGGAGUUGGAGUUGGAGUAGGUGUUGGUAAUGUUGGAUCUAAUGCCAUGGGAAUGCCCAAUUCCCAACAAGUCUUGGUACAACAGCAACAACAACAACAGUCCAUGGCAAUGCAACAACAAAUGCAGCAGAUGCAGCAGCAACAAUUACAAUUGCAGCAGCAGCAACAAGCUGCGAUGGUUCAACAAAAUAAUCAAACGAAUAAUCAAGCCACAACACCACAGACUCCAGUACCACCCACACAGCCACCACCGCGACAACAGCAAACUAAGGAAUUCAAUACUGCUAGUUUAUGUAGAUUUGGACAAGAGUCUGUACAGGAAAUCGUCAGUCGUACUUUAGAGCUUUUUCAAACUCUCAAAGUCCUUCAACCACCCAAUGGUACUGCACAAGGAGCGAAUAUGGCGAAUGAGAAAAAGAAAAAAGUCUAUGAACAAUUGGAAAUGAUCAAAAUAAUGUUUAAACGUCUAAGAUUAAUAUAUGAAAAAUGUAACGAGAAUUGUCAACUGCAAGGAAUGGAAUAUACGCAUAUAGAAAGUUUAAUUCCAUUAAAAGAGGAAUGGGAUAUGAAAUCUGAUGAGAAAAAGACUUCGGAAGCUUACAGACUUAGUUGUGAGGAGAGAAAAGAAAUUAUGGAGCAAGUGAUAUUAAAGAAUAGGCAUAUUAAAGAAAUAAUCGAUCACCUAAGACGCAUUAUUUCGGAAAUAAACACAAUGUUAAAUAUGCGUCGAUCUUAGGUUACCAAAUAAUAUAAAUAGAAAAUUAUGUUUAUACAUAUUAUUUUAAGAAACACAUUAAAAAUAUAAAUUUCUUUUUAUAACA